UAUUUUUCAAAGGUUUUAUAAUAUAAAUUAACGUUAAAUUAGUGUUUAUAAUAAAAUGAACAGUAAUUUAUUCAAACUAGGCGGUUUCAAGAUUCGCAAAAAUUUACUCGUUGUGUUAGGAAAAUCAAUCUCACAUUCAGCUGUUUCAUUGAAAAAUAAAUGCGGUUCUAAAGGUCCUCCUUGGCGCAUUAUGUUUUUUGGCAAUGAUGAUUUUUCGGUCAAAAGUCUCCAAAUGUUAACAUCCAAAAUGAGAACACAAACUAUUAUUUCUAAGGUAGAUGUUGUUACAACUUCCACAGGCAAUGGUAUAAAUGUCAGAAAUUUUGCAAAAGAAGAAAAAUUAGACAUAUAUGAUUGGCCUAUUAAUACAACAAUAUUGGAUGGAAAAUAUGAUAUUGGAGUGGUUGUAUCUUUUGGACGAUUAAUACCAGAGAAAAUUAUAAAAUGUUUUCCACUAGGAAUGAUCAAUGUACAUGCUAGUCUUUUGCCCAGAUGGCGAGGAGCUGCACCUAUAGUAUAUACUAUACUUAACGGUGAUUUAACAUCUGGAGUAACAAUAAUGAAAAUUCAUCCUCGUAGGUUUGAUAUUGGUGAAAUUGUUAAACAGCAUAGUUGUUCAGUUGAUAAAGAUGAAACAGCUGAUGAACUAAAAAAGAAACUAUCAAAUAUGGGUGGAAGUUUGUUAAUUGAUUCAUUUAAAGAAUUAAAAAGGAAUUUAAGAUACGCAAUACCACAAUCUGAAAAUGGGAUAACAUACGCACCAAAAGUGGACAAAAAUCUAUCUAUUAUUAAUUGGGAUUUAAUGGAUUCGAAUUCAGUUUAUAACAGAUAUCGAGCAUUAUGUGGUUUGUGGCCAUUAAUAACCAUUUGGCACGGGACAUCUAUAAAGCUAUUUAAAGUAUGCAAUUAUCAUAUGAUAAAUAUAGAUACUCAAUUAAAUCCAGGAGAUUUAAUGUAUGAUAAGCGAAAACAAAAAUUAACUGUUAAAUGUGGCGGAAAAGGAGGUUUUGUGUCAAUUGAAAAACUUAAAAUUCCCGGACAUAAAACAAUGUCGGGUAAAGAUUUCUUCAAUGGUUUUGUUUACAUGAAACCAAAAAAUGAACGAAAAUUUGAUAGUAGAUAGCAAUUUGAUUUAAAUGUAUAAAUUUACAAUUAAAAAAUCCUAUA